AAAGCCUCCUACGUGCUUAUGGAAAGGUCACCCCCCACGCCCACGCUCCACCCAACCUUUGAAUUUUCUUGUUCAACCUCGACCUUCUGUUCAACCAACAGCAAUGUUCGAUGUGUUGCCGCGGCAAGUAGAAUCUGACGGGUGCAACAAUCAAGAAGAAUCAUACGAAUCCAACUGUCGACCAGAAAAUCGCAUUCCAACGCUAACACCCUAUGUUACCUCCAGAUUCCUCAACGGUUCUCAGGAGCCUCGCGCAAUGACAUAUCACGGCGGUGCACCUUUCGAAUCACCUAUGCCCUAUACAUCUUCGCAGAUGUCCACAGAAAACAAUCCUAGUAUGAUGCCUAGCAUGAUGUCGGAUCAACCUAUCUUCUUUCCUUCAGAAGAAACUUACAGAGAAAUGGUAAGUACUAAACUAGAUAUGAAUUAAGUAAUAAUCAUAUGG